AUGGUUAACAAAUCUAGAGGAACUUGCAUUGAGCAUUUGAACAAUGAACCAGUAGCCAUGCGCUAUUUGUUUAGAAGAACUAGAGAAAACAGUGAAUCAAAGGACUCUUUGACAAGCGAGAACGGGUCAGAAGAACUAGUAGUCAAUGUGGUAUUUGAUUUAGAAGGGCAUGAUUCAGCAUUUUCUCAAUUACAAACAUUCACAGCGUAUUCUUUAUGUGGAGUUGAACAUUUGUGGAAGAACGUUCAACUUGGAUUCCAUGGGCUCCUUGUGAAUCUCCAACAUGUCCAUAUAUAUGCAUGUGAGAAUAUGGAAACUAUAGUACAGGCAGCUGCUUCCACAGAGGACAAUAUCCAUGAAGAAGGGAAAGAGAUAGGUGGCAGUGGCGCGAUGACUUUGUUUCCCAAACUACUGAUCAAUAGCUUCCACCUUAGCUAUUUGCCAAGCCUCGAGAGAUUUUGCCCUGAUGCCUAUUCCUUUGCAUGGCCCUCCUCCACGAGAACUAUGGAGGUGUCAAGUUGUCGCAAAUUAAAGACAUUGGGUUUUGCACCACUAAGCAAAAAGCUGCCUGCAAUUGCAGAGAAUUUGAGUGAUGAUCAUGUAAGAGGUAGAGAAGAAUCAGGUGGUGCAUCAUCAUCAACUGGAUCUGGAUGUUCGCCACUAGUAUGCUUUCAAAGUCGUCCAUCUACUCGCAACUUUACUCAAAUAUUGCCUCAGGUUGUAAAUAGAGAGGUUACGCCGACAAAUCUUCAGACUUCAAGUGCUAGCGACAAUCUAGAACAUCUCGAAGUACUUCAGUGCGAUUUAUUAGAAGUGAUAUUUUUGGUUCAGGAAACCCCUUCUACUCAAGCAUUUGAUAAGCUGAGGGAAUUGAAGUUGUUGUAUUUACCAAUGCUGAGCCACAUAUGGGAAAAGGGUUUACAAGUUAGCUCAGGCUUUGGAAACCUCAGAUUACUGCAAAAGUUUGACGAUUGUAGUGCGAUGGAGAAAAUUGUUGGAGAGGCAGAAGGAGGAGGAGAAAGUAUUGAGGAUGAAUUGACAUUUCCUCAAUUGAAUUGUAUUCAACUUGGGAGUUUACCCAAACUUGAAUCUUUCUGCUCUGAAGCUUAUACUUUGAAUUGGCCAGCCUUGGAGGAAGUCGAAGUUUAUGAGUGUCCAAAAUUAAAAGCGUUUGCUCCUGAGUCUCUAUAUGUAUAA